AUCCGAGACGACCGACCGACUGGCCUCCCAUCGCCAACUUCGCAUCCCCAUCCUCAUUUCGUCUUUUUUUUAUCCCGCUGUCCUCUCUGCCCCGACACAGCAGAUUCCGCCAUGGACGCCCGAACCGCCGCCACGCUUCCCACUCCCGCCGCCGGAGCUCCGGCAGCCGCCGCGACCGACGCUUCUUCCGCCUCCUCCAAGCCCAAGCCGUGCUGCGUGUGCAAGGACGAAAAGUCGAGGCGCGACGAGUGCAUGCUCUUCUCCAACGCCAAGGACCCCGCCGCCGACUGCAAGUCCCUCGUCGACCAGUACAAGACGUGCAUGCUCGGCUACGGCUUCAAAGUAUGAAGCGACGAUGCGAAUAGGGAAAGCGAUGGGGGAGCUACGCGCGGGGGCGGAAGGGGGGGAGUCGAAGCAUCCAGCCACCCACCUACUAGUAGUGGGCAGGGGCUGUGUACAACAUUUCUGUGCUAUCAAAGAUAUAGACGGGCGCCAAGGACGGAGCAAUACAGGAUACCCUUCUCUACCCUGCUUUCGUGUUCGCGGCCAUGGCCCUUGGUGAUGGAAACAUGUUUCUCAA